AUGCCAUCUUCCCCACGACACCGGCCUCCUUCGUUGACGCAAGCCGCCGUUCAAGAGUUGAUGAAUAAUCCACCAACGAGAAAACACAACAAUUCCAAAUUCACCGGCCGGGAUUGGAGAGACAUUACCGUGGGCGAACUCGUUUCUCCAGAAGAUGUCUGUUGGGUUGAGCUAGACGAUAGCGUGGAAGAGGCAACAAGAGUGUUGCUGAAAAGCCCCACCAGCGUCGUCCUGGUUCGUGACUCUCAGAGCUCGAAUAGCGUCACGUUAACUUUCGAUUUCGGCGAUUUGAAUACAUACCUUCUUCUUGUCGUUGGUUUAACAAAACCCGAGGAUGAUCAAGUCGCUCUCUUCAACGAAAUCAUAUCCAAGGCCCAGCAAAAUCAAAAGGUACCCCUUCGCAUAUUACAAUCAUUGUUUUGCAGAGAAGCAACAGUGCAACUCGACGCCAGUAGCAGUUUGACCCAGGCCGUCGAGAUUCUUGGCAGCGGGAUACACAGAAUUGUUAUAUCCGACUUAGCCAAUCAUGUCGUUGGUGUGAUGAGCCAGCUUCGUGUGACCGAUUUCUUUUGGAAUGAGGGUGUGAAUUUUCCCACGAUUGAACGACUCUAUCCCGCUUUGCUACGUGAUCUCAGUAUAGGGACACAAAAUACUAUUUCAGUCAAUUCUGACUCACCUCUCUCGGAAGCACUCACAACGAUGAAUGAAGAAGGACUGACGAGCGUUGCUGUUAUUGAUAAUGGCCACAACGUGGUUGGGAAUAUAUCAACCAAGGAUGUUCGCCAUCUUACCAGCACUUCGAGCGCCCCUCUUCUCAACUCUUCCUGCAUGCACUUCAUUUCGAUCAUCCUGAAUGAGCGUGGCGUUGAACAGGGUCAGGACACGUUCCCGGUCUUCUAUGUCACAUCGCAUGUGGGUAGUGGAAUCUGCGUCACCUUCUCCCUCUACCCCAGCAACGCCACUGCUCUCCGCGCAAGCUUCCUUGACACCCACGCCACCAUCUCCGGUGCCGGUAGCUGCGGUGCCGGCUUCUGCGCUGGCUGGCGCCCGCCUAUCUGGGAAGCUAACCGGGAUGGAUCAGCACUUUGUUAUUCUCGACCUCAGUCCUGUCCAAAGCUUGGUGAUUUCACAAGUUUGCGGUCCGCAACCGCGGGAUUCCACCCCCCUCAUCACAUCUUGAAUCGCCAGCUCCCUUCGAAAGGUGACACGAGGCUUGGUGAUCUUUCAAAGGUUGUAAAUCAGUUACGAGCUUUGAAAUCAGCACCAAAGAAGCCACGUGAUGAAGAUUUAGUAACCUUCAACAACGCCUCUUGCAAAUCUAUUCAGAUAGCUUCUAUUUCGGAUUCAGAAGCAGACUUGUUUUCCAGUGCAGACAAUGCGCGCACAGCUCCUACUCGAGCGGCCAGAGAACAGAUAUCUAGCUCGAAUCAAGUUUCCUUACAACGAUCUCGGUCGACUUUGGACCACCGCACCUCGCGAGUCAGUCUGCACAGGCGGAAGAAGUCCACUUCUCAGCUCACACGCAUACUCACUUAUGAGCUCUCCGAUAAAGCGGUCGUGGUACCAAUAUUCGACGUUGCCCGCACCGUUGAAGCAGCCCACCGAUCCCUCACUCAAAAUCUUAUUCCAUAUUGCACAGCAGAUCGUCACUUGACACUUAAAUUUCCUUCCAACUCAUCCCACGGCGUUUACAUAUUUCUGGAUCUGUCGAAUAUUGAAAUAAGCUUCCAGAAAGCUCUGAAGAAGAGAUACGGCGUGGCAGACGCUGCAAGGUUCUCACCUUUACCACGGCUCAACUUGCAAUUCUUGACGGAACUACUUGUUCGUGGACGCUCCUCCAGAGGGCUUCACGUCGGGUGCUCUAUUUUUCCUGGUCGAAAGGAGCCCAGGUACGUGCAAGCCUUGCGUAACCUUGGGUACCAAGUGGAUGUGCGGGAGCGCAAACGUGUUGACAAUGGUGGGUUGAAUGUAUCCCAGAGCAAAUUACCGUCCGCACUCGGAACAAAACCCGGCUCCAGAUAUGUUGAGGAUCUGGUCGACGAAACACUCCAGACACGCAUCGCCGAGGCCGUCAUGGAACAUUUUCAGAAACAGGGUACCAUUGUCUUGGCCACUGGCGACGCAAAGCCGGCACAAUACUCGGAUGGAUUCUUUCGCUAUGUCGAAAGAGCCUUACGCAUGGGUUGGAACGUGGAGCUCGUCGCCUGGCAUGGUAGUCUAUCGUCUUCAUGGAAAGACAAUGACUGGACUGCCACAUGGGGCGAAAAGUUUCGCGUCAUUGAGCUAGAUAGCUUUGCUUAUGACCUUCUGGAAGUUCAAUCAUAA